CAGAGGCAGGGAAAGGCGGUUCGAGAGAGAACAGGUAGAAAAUAAAGGCAAAGCCGCCUCCAGUCUCCUUCGACUCGCCCGCUCCAGGAUAUACACUGGAAAAUACUUUUAAAGCAAUCCAAAGCCACUUUGAAAAAUGAAGCGUGAUUUUAAUUGUAACCAUGUUCUUUGUGGACUUCCACUGUUAAAACCAACAAGAUCAGAAGAAUCUACCACUUCUGAUUAUGAUGAAGAGUUUUGCAAAGACUGUGCCAAAGAGUAUCAGAGGCUCUUGUAUAGUGACCUGCGCCAGGAGAACAUCAGGAAUACCAGCUUCAAAAGUGAAGGAAAGCUUGUACAUAACAAAGAAAACCAACAAAUAUCAUGGGGGCCUGCCAGAAGGACAAAUGAAAUGGAUGCACUGGAAAACAGCAAAUUUAAUGAAGACAGUGGAUAUUCCUCUAUGUUGAGUAAUCAGCAUGAACCCAUUGAACAUGAUGACAGUAUGCCAUUGGCAGGAAACCUUGAGACACCAAGUCACAGCCUCAUUCAGAAUAAAAGCCAACUGCAGUGUUCAAAAAGGAAUUUGCUUCCAGUUCUCCAUUUUGAGGAACUUGUUUGCUCCACAUUAAAAAAAGCCAAUAAAAGAAAUCCAAAGUCAUGGGGUAUUUUGUUGGACAAAAUGGUUUCCAGAGGAAGCUUGGGUUUUAUGAAUUUAAUUGGCAGAAAAAUGGGAAUUGACCAGUUGGACAUCCUUAGUGAACUAUUCCACAGAGAAUUUAGACACAUAUUAGCGAACAUCCUAAGGCAUCUCAGUGACAUAGACCUGAUAAAUAUGGCUAAAGUGAGCAUCACAUGGAAGAAAAUUCUACAGGAUGACAAGUGGGCUUUUCAGACAUAUAACAAAGCAUUAAGAUUAAUUUCUAAUAACAGUGCAAAAUUGUCCCAAAUAGCAGACACAAGGGAAUAUGUUCCACAGCGAGAAGUGUUAGCCCUUGUUCAGGAAGCAGCAACUGUUCAAAACAGUUCUUCAAAAAAAGCAUCCAGCCUGAAGGCCGACCAGAGUGGUCCAAGUUCUUCUUACAGCCGGCACACUCAGUUUUCUGAGAUUGCCAAGACUCUGAAAAAUACUGAAAGCUUGAAAAUUUGUCAUCGUUGUAGCUCUCCUGCAAAAUAUGACUCUCACCUGCAAAGGGCAGUUUGUAGCCGUAAAAGCUGCGGUUUUGACUUUUGCACCAAGUGCUUGUGCAGCUACCAUAAUGCCAAGGACUGCACAAGUGGAAAGCCUGUAAAACCAACCUCCAAACUAGGACCUCUUCCUGGUACCAAAAAAAGCAAGCAGAACUUGCGGAGAUUAUAAUUUAUGUAUGAUAGACUGUGGCUAAUGCAUUCUGUAGGUCACUUGGAGAUCUCUUCCCCCGCCAAAAAAAAGUGAACACGAAAGUACUUGUUCUUUAUAACAUGAUUUAAAUAUAAAUAUAUCUUGAAGCUCUUUUCAGUAGUUUUUUUUU